CCGGCUGGGCCUCGCCGCCCCCCGCCCGGCCCAGCGGUUGCCUCCGGCCCGCCGCCCGGUGCCGGUUCCCGUGCCCUGUGCUCUCCUGCCGGCGCGCUGCCCUCUGCCCGCGGCGCGUCCCCGGCACCAUGUCUCGAAGAUAUGACUCCAGAACUACCAUAUUUUCUCCGGAAGGUCGCCUGUACCAAGUUGAGUAUGCCAUGGAGGCCAUCGGCCAUGCGGGCACUUGCCUGGGAAUCCUAGCAAACGAUGGAGUUCUGCUGGCAGCAGAGCGGCGCAACAUUCACAAACUGCUCGAUGAAGUGUUUUUCUCAGAGAAGAUAUACAAACUUAAUGAGGAUAUGGCGUGCAGCGUUGCAGGAAUAACUUCAGAUGCCAAUGUUCUAACAAAUGAGCUGAGACUGAUUGCACAGAGGUAUUUGUUACAGUAUCAAGAGCCUAUUCCUUGUGAACAACUAGUAACAGCACUGUGUGAUAUCAAGCAGGCUUAUACACAGUUUGGAGGAAAACGUCCUUUUGGUGUUUCAUUGCUCUAUAUUGGCUGGGAUAAGCAUUAUGGAUUUCAGCUGUACCAAAGUGAUCCUAGUGGAAAUUAUGGAGGGUGGAAAGCCACAUGCAUUGGAAAUAAUAGUGCUGCAGCUGUGUCAAUGCUGAAGCAAGACUACAAAGAAGGGGAAAUGACCUUAAAGACUGCCCUGGCAUUGGCCAUUAAGGUUCUAAACAAGACCAUGGAUGUCAGCAAGCUCUCUGCUGAGAAAGUUGAAAUUGCAACACUGACAAGAGAGAACGGAAAGACAGUAAUAAGGGUUCUGAAGCAAAAGGAGGUGGAACAAUUGAUAAAACAACAUGAGGAGGAGGAAGCAAAAGCUGAACGUGAAAAGAAGGAGAAAGAACAAAAAGAGAAGGAUAAAUAGAAUAUGAAAUCAAGUGUUCUCUAGAUAAUAAAGGACCUGCUUCAGCAAAAGAUAAUCUGGAUUUUUGUGCUGUAGAAGCCUACAGCUAUGCCAUGGAGGACCCAGAAGUACCUUUGAUGAACCAGGUCCUUAGUCAUCAUUUAGAUAAUUAGUUUACUGCUCCUUACAUUGACCAAUAAUUGCUUUAAUUCUUGAACACUCUUUCUUUCAUCUUCUAUUUUUUAUUAUGGAAUAAAAUUUAAGAAGAAUA